GCCAAGGAAAAGACUGGGAAAACCUGACUAGCGAGCGAAGACGACUGUGGUUGCAAAGCCUUCAAAAGAAUCUUGAUGAAAAAAAAUUGGAAAACAUUCGAGUGUGCUCCGCUCAUUUUAUCACAGGACAGAAAGCUGAGCUUUUUCAGAAGGACAAUCCUGACUGGAUUCCAUCUGUGAACAUGGUUUGUCAUAAACCAAAAGAUGAAAAGUCGGCCGUAUCACCAGCUGUUACCCGCUUCAAACGCCGACAGAACAGAUCCCAGAAAAAGGUGGAAUCAGAAGUUACAGCAGCAGAGGCAUUACCACCUCCAGACACCACAGAGGAACCACCCUUAGAAGAUGGCAAGGAGGUACAAACUGAUGUUACGGGACCGUUGAUGGCAUCCAUGAUGGAUGAAUUACAAACUUUAAGAACUGAAAACCGUGCACUUACUUUACAAGUUCAGAAUACUGUACAUAAGUAUGAUAAGAGCUUUUUUGAGGGUAAGCCUGAGAAAGUGUUGCUUUAUACAGGAUUUCCAACAUUUCAAAUUUUAUUGACAUUGUUUGUGUAUUUGGAACCAUUUCUACCCACCAAGAAGUCACUUAACAAAUUUGAGAUGUUGAUAUUAACUUUAAUGAGAUUAAGGUUGAAUGUCACUGCCUCAUUUUUAGCAUAUGAAUUUAAUGUUUCCCUUUCGACUGUAUCAAGGGUGUUGAUUGAUGUCAUUGAUGUAAUGUUUGUACGAAUGAAGCCUCUUAUUAUUUGGCCAUCACGAGAAAACCUACGUAAAACAAUGCCAAUUCAGUUUAGAAAAUAUUUUGGUACAAAAUGUGUUGUAAUCAUUGACUGCUUUGAGGUAUUUAUUGACAGGCCAAGUAAUCUUAAAGCCAGAGCUGAAACAUGGUCUUCUUAUAAGCACCAUAACACCGUUAAAUUCCUCAUAGGUAUAACACCUCAAGGGACUGUGUCCUACAUUUCCAAAGCAUGGGGUGGUAGGGUAAGUGAUAAAUAUAUAACAGAACAUGAUGGGUUUUUAAAUAAUAUUUUACCAGGCGACUUGGUACUGGCGGAUAGAGGAUUUGACAUCCAGGCUACUGUUGGGGCUAUGAUGGCAGAAGUAAAAAUACCUGCAUUUACAAGAGGGAAAAAUCAACUGGCACCAGUAGAUAUUGAAACCACUAGGAAGAUAGCACAUGUCAGGAUUCAUGUCGAAAGAGUAAUAGGCACGGUGCGGCAAAAAAUACUCCAUUCUAAAUGGACCUUUACCAUUAGAAUUUUUGUCAUGCAAGGCAAAUGA